AUGCUGCCGAAGGAGGUGGCAAGAACUUCAGGAUGCUUUCCUGUUUUGCUCUGCAAUGCCUUGUUGUGUGGGGAUGCCAGGCUUUUUCAAGAGGCUGGUCUUGGGUCAGGCCUUGCGGAGCGUAGAGGUGCUGCUAUAGCUUUCAGCGGGGUUGGUGUGAGUGCUGGCGGCUCGGCAAAUGAAGCUCCCGAAAUUCUGGACAACGUGGGAGAUUGGCUCUGGGGCAUCUACCGCUUGGCCGACAGGAAUGAUUUCCGGAGGAACUUGAUUCUCAAUUUGGGACUUUUCGCUGCAGGAGUUUGGCUGGCCAGGAAUUUGAGUGACGUUGACUUAAUGGCACCUCAGCCAGGGGUGUAGCCAGUUAGACACAUGGAACCCGAGAUGUACUUGAACCUCCAAACACAGCCUCCAAUCUGUGACCAUCACCAGACUUUCCCUGAUAGCAGCUGAAGUUUGAUUCACAUGGCUCCCUUCCCUUCCCUGCCUGCUUCCCUUCGCUGAGUCUACUCAGAAUUCAUUCUCUGGUCAGCAGCCAGGCUUCAGCUAAAGUGUUGUCCUCUGAUUUGUAAAGUUCUGUAUAUAAUUCCUAAGUUUUGGUAGAGAGUGAUCUUUGCUCUUUUCUUGAGGAAUAACCUGAUGGUAUUUUAACAAUUAUCUGAAAUAAAGACUGCACACAGACAAAAAAAAAAAAAAAAA